AUGGGAUUUGAUAAUUCUAAUAUAAUCGAAGAAUUAUUGUUUGAUGGAUCUUUGUAUCACAAAUUGGUAGGUAUUGGAACACUAGAUGGAAUGGAAUUGGAGAAGGAUUUUGUUCCUCAUUUCUAUGGAGGUUCAGACAACAAUGAUAUUGGUAUUUUGGAAAAUUAUGAUGGAAAUGAUCUUUUUGGAAUUCUUCAUGAAACAUCUAUUAAAGAAUUUAAUAAACAUCAUGAAAAAAAUAAAAUUUACUCAUGUAAUGAUAAAAUCAUUGUUAUACCUGCAAUAAUGCUUGAUUAUCCAACUAAAGGACAAUUACUUGAAAUGGAAGUUGAUGGUUUUGAGAUAAUUAAUGGGAAACUUUUGACUACAAAACUUAUUUAUUUGCCAAAAGACACAAUCUUAACAAUUUUAGAAUCUGGUUUUCAUGGCCCAUUUGUUGAAGCUUAUUUUUGGACUCUGUUGAAUUUUCACUUUCUUCAAUAUUAG